AUGAAAUCAAGACACAAAGAUCUUGACAACAUAACGUACGUAUCAUCGAAAAGGUCUCGAAAAGGGUUUGUGGAACGGGUGGAGAUCACCUUUGACGCUAUGGCGGAUCCGGAUCAAGGCAUUAACAGUCCCGGCAGUGACAUACGAGAGUCAAACGAGACUUCUGAGUACGGGGCAGGUCAGAUCAACGCAGCACAGGAUAGCAGAUCGGAGAACAACAAAGAGAACAUCCCUCCCACGGAAAGGGAAUUACUCUCAGCGCAGCAAAGCAAUGCCUCAGGAGACUUGAGAAGCUCUGCCCAUACCUCAAUGGAACGACCAGGCAUUGUCGAUAGAUCCUACUUGAAUGAGCAUCUAGAACCAUAUAACGGGGACGUUCUCCGACUUAUACCUUCUAAUGAUAUGGCUAAGAGAUCUGUCCAUGAGCUCCUGGAGUGUCAGGAGGCCGGAAAACUGAGCAGCCAUCAUGCUCAGUAUCUGACUCGAAUUGACAAAAAUCAAGAGCCAAAGCGGCUCAUUCGGAAUCUUGAUGACACCCUACACGGCCACAAAGCAGAAGAGCCUACGUUGCACCAGGGUUACUUAAAACUCAAUCUCCAGAAUGAGACAGUCUCAGGCAAGCCACACUUCUUAGUUGGGACAGGUUCAAACAAUAGCGAGUCUUUGAUACGGAACGUGGACAUUCUCGUGGCCCCACCCGGUAGCCACCUUGCGACAAAAGUCAGAGCUGACCAUGUUAUGAUAUAUAUGCAUCGCGACUCGGGAGCCUGGAUACUCGAGACGCGCGCACCAGUCGAGUUGGAUGGAAUACUAGUAGAGGCCCAUCUAGCUCGGGCACUUGGUCGACCGAAGGUAUUACUCAAGCUCGGCGAGUUACAAUUUUGGCUGGAAUUUUCCAUCGAUUCUCCAAGAAUGGAAGUUUCGUACGUCAAAACAAGAGAUAAGAGGUUGGUGGACGCAGGUCUUGACAUUCCCUGGUCGUCACACUCCGGAAUACCCAUGCGUAUCGAUACGACAUUCGAGACAGCAGUCUUUCGUCAAAUUGAGCUAAAACCCCGAUCUAAUCAAUAUGCUCAGGGAUUUGACACAAGGAAUGGCAAUGUUUGUAUCGUCGUGAAGCACAGUGUAGAGAACAAUGUCCAGCACCUACAUGCGAUAGAGCUCACCGAAGCAACCUUAUCUCUAAGCAGCACGCCUGGUGUGGCAGCACUUCUUGAUGUGCGCACAUUACUCAACGAGCAUAAUAUCCAGAGACCAGAGCUUCCAUUCGACUAUUACACCGUCCAAGAGGAGCCAGCAACAAUGUUCGACGUCAUAGACAAAUUAGAUGAACCACUCUCAGAACAACAAUUGAAGGUCAUGUUAAAGGACUUACUCACAGGACUUUCGGAUAUGCACGUGAAAGGGUUUCGACACCGAGGAAUUGUGCCAUCCAAGAUUCAUAUGCUAGAUUCUCCCACCCGUACCGUGUUUUUCGAUUUGAGCUCAUUGUCAGUCGAUCUUCCCUGCAACUACUUACCUGGCACUCACGAGAAUUAUCCACCGGAAGCCAUUCCCUUUGGAGAGAGGAAUUUCUCAGACAAGGCAGAUGUUUGUAUGCUGGGGCUCGCGUUGGUCCAAUUAUGGUUCCCCGAGGAAGUCGACGGGCUCGUUCCCCGACAGCUCAACGGGAAUUUUAUCCUGACACAACGUCUGGAGUCGCUCUCGUCGCCGAUUGGGCGCAUAUUGGCGAGUAUGUUGGCCUGGAAUCCAAUCAAUAGAUCUGGGGCUUCACAGUUAUUGGCACAUCCGUUUUUUGACCCCAAGAAGUCGUUAAGUGAAGCAAAGGGAGAUGAGCCGGGCAAAAAGCGGAAAGGCUUGUAUCAGGAUAGUUCAGAUAACAAACGGCAGAAAAUCCAUUAUGACGACAAAUUUAGCAAACUUUAUAAGCCGCGCUAG